AACCAUUCCCCGUUUCAAAAACGACCCAGUUUCGCCGAUAUUUACAUAUAAAAAAAUUGUAUCUAUAGAACUAAUCAUAAAAAAAAUCCCAGAUAAGCACAAAAGUUUGUACAGAUAUAAUGAUAAUUAACUAUUUUUCUUUUUUAUUAUGGGAAGAUUAGUACUCACAAUAUCAUCCUCAACAACACCGCAGCUUCACCACCAUCAUAACCCUCCACCGAACUGGCGGCGGCCGAAAUCGAAUAAGAACGGGAUAAAGGAAGAGAAGAUGAUGGGACAAGAAGGGGAGAGCAGUAAUGGAGAGACCAACAAGCUACGGCGGCUGCCGCUGUCGGAAGUGGUGGGGGACUGUGUAAGGAGGUGGUUCCGUGAUACUCUCAACGAAGCUAGAGCUGGGGAUAUCAAUAUGCAGGUCCUCGUAGGCCAGAUGUAUUAUAGUGGCUAUGGUGUCCCUAGAGAUGCCCAAAAGGGAAGGAUUUGGAUGUCAAGAGCCUCGAGAGUUAGAUCUUCAGUUUGGAAAGUCAGCAAUAAGCGCCCAGGUUACAAUGCAAGUGACUCUGAUUCAGAUGAGUUGAUAGCUGGCUCUUGAAUAGGGUUCUUUGCAAUUUGUGCGCUGAGAAUUGCCUUGUGACGGUACCAUCCUUUUAUUGCUAAAUCUUUUCUAUUUUCCCUGCUUAUCACUGUACAUCAUGGUUGAAUGUAAUGUACAAAUUAUAAUCCUUAGAGAUGAAUAUGAUGUGUGGCUAAAUUAUUCUUUCUAGUCCAAGAUAUCAGUGUGCACUUGUUUGUAUCUCAUACAUUCUUAUGUCAUGUUCACUAAAUAACUAGUUGGAAUUAAUUCCCCAAACCAAAUAAUGCUUUGAA